AUGACGCCGCACGAAGAGCGACCGGGAUCGCUCGUCAAGUGGUGCGGCGAGAACGGAGAGCGGGGGCAGAGGCUCCUUCUGGAGUAUCGCGACGACGAGAAGCUGCCAUCGGAGGUUAUGGCGUUGUCUUCGUACAAUGCGCUCUGGAGGUGCGCGGAGUGCGAGCACGAGUGGAAAGCCGGAGUAUGCAGCCGCACGAGGAGCGACGCAGCCGCCGAGUGCAUGAGGUGCCGCGGUUGCAGCGCACGGGGCAUCAGCUUCCGGGUGUGGUGCGACGCCAACGGCGAGCGAGGGAAGUCACUCCUCGAGGAGUACGUCGAUACGGACAGAGGACCGAUGGACGUGACGCGAGCGUCGGGUUACAAGGCGCUGUGGAAGUGCGCGACGUGCGAGCACGAGUGGCGGACGAAGAUAUGCAACCGCACGACGGCUAACAACCCCACCGGGUGCCCGAAAUGCCCGGGCUUCGUCGCCAGGUCGAACAAAUUCCAGGUGUGGUGCGACGCCAACGGCGAGCGAGGGAAGAAGCUCCUCGAGGAAUACGUCGAUACGGACAGGGGACCGACGGACGUGACACACGGGUCGAAAUACAAGGCGCUGUGGAAGUGCGCGACGUGCGAGCACGAGUGGCGGGCGAAGAUGAACAACCGCAUGAGAGCUAAUAACCCCAGCGGGUGCCCGGCGUGCUCGGGCUACACCGCCACUUCGACGAAAAACUUCCAGGUGUGGUGCGAAGAGAACGGCGAGCGAGGGAAGAAGCUCCUCGAGGAAUACGUCGAUACGGACAGGGGACCGACGGACGUGACUCACGGGUCGAGCUACAAGGCGCUGUGGAAGUGCGCGACGUGCGAGCACGAGUGGUGGGCGACGAUGAACCACCACACGAGGGCUAACAACCCCGCCGGGUGCCCGUCCUGCUCGAGAUACGCCGCCAGGUCGACCUUCCGGGUGUGGUGCGACGCCAACGGCGAGAUAGGGAAGAAAUUCCUCGAGGAGUACGUCAAUACGGACAGAGGACCGAUGGACGUGACGCGAGCGUCGGCGUACAAGGCGCUGUGGAAGUGUGCGACGUGCGAGCACGAGUGGCGGGCGAAGGUGGGCAGCCGCACGAACAGUCGCAGACCCUGCGGGUGCCCGAAGUGCGCGAAUCAUUUGCCGCUGAGCAAGACGAACAACUUCCAGGCGUGGUGCGACGCCAACGGCGAGCGAGGGAAGACACUCCUCGAGGAGUACAUCGAUCCGGACAGGGGACCUACGCGCGUGACGAAUGGGUCGACGUACAAGGCGCUGUGGAAGUGUGCGACGUGCGAGCACGAGUGGCGGACGACGCUGAACUGUCGCACGCUGAGCGGCAGACCCACCGGCUGCCCGGCGAAUUGCCGCAAGAAGCGUAAACGGCAUUCACCCGCUACGACGUGCUAA